CCACCCGCACUUUCCUCUCGCCAUGUUGUUCUUUCCACUUGGCGUUUUUUGUACUAGGUGAGCGCGUGGUUUGUGCGUUUUCACAGACGAUUAUCUCCAGAUAAUCAUAUUUAUUUAGUUCAACUCACAAGGAUUCAUCAUGAAUGAACAGUCGGAACGCUCUUUUCAAAAACAACCAACUGUGUUUUUAGCUAAAAAGAAAGCUGUCAACAGUAAAACAAAAAAUCGGCCUACUCGCCAUGUGCGCAACAUUGGUCUCGGCUUCAGAGUACCAAUUGAGAACGAAAAAAGUUUCCAAAAACAAAAGCAGGUUUUUCUUGCCAGGAAAUCGUACUUGAAGAAAAAGCCAACCCGAGUAACCAGGGAUAUUGGACUUGGUUUUAAAACACCCAAAGAGGCAAGAGAUGGUCACUACAUCGACAAGAAAUGUCCGUUUACUGGCAAUGUCUCAAUUCGAGGUCGUAUCCUGACUGGUGUUAUCAAAAGGAUGAAGAUGAAAAGGACCAUCGUUGUAAGGAGAGAUUAUCUUCACUAUAUUCCAAAAUAUAACAGAUUUGAAAAGAGGCACACAAACGUUUCGGUCCAUAUGUCACCAUGCUUCCGAGAUGUUGAACUUGGAGAUAUUGUCACUAUUGGAGAAUGCAGGCCACUUAGUAAAACAGUCCGAUUCAAUGUUCUGAAAGUCGCCAAAGGAGCCACCAACAAAAAAACUUUCAAGAAAUUCUAACAUCCGACCAUCAUGUAAUUGUUACUCCGUUUUUGUAAUAAAAACUAAAACUGAAAAAUCGUAA